AGUCAGUGUGGAGAGGGCAGCGAGGACACCCGGGAGUGUCGGUAUUUACCUGUCAAGACACGGAGUAACGUUACCAGCCGAACACCGUGGAUUAUUUCUAGUUUCUAGUAGCUGUUUAUUUUCACAGUCCAGCCAUGGGUGUGAGCGGGGCGGCGUGGAGGGUAGAGGGGGAUUUAAAUUUCUCUUUCGUCCCGACAGCUUCUUUUGAUUUGAAGUAACGUUAGCCUGAACGGUGCACCAGAGGAGAACCCAGCUGUGGUUCUUUACAUCUUGGACUGCGUUGAAAGUACUUGUUGGUCGAUUUCAGAACAGUAGAAAUAGUUUGUGUUCACAUUUUCGGGAGUUUUUGGGCUUUUGUUUUGCUUUUCCUGGAGAGUGGAGGUGGCGAACUGAAAGCGGCUCACCGAGUCGGGACUGACCACCGGAGUUGGUCCUGAAAAUGGAGGCUGUUAUCGAGAAGGAAUGCAGCGCGCUCGGAGGACUCUUCCAAACUGUUAUCGGAGACAUGAAAAGCAGCUACCCUAUUUGGGAGGACUUUAUCACCAAGGCCGGGAAACUGCAGUCGCAGCUCAGGGCGACGGUAGUUGCUGUGGCUGCUUUCCUGGAUGCCUUUCAGAAAGUAGCCGACCUGGCUACCAACUCGCGAGGUGGGACCAGAGACAUUGGAUCGGCAUUGACAAGGAUGUGUAUGAGACAUCGUAGCAUAGAGGCUAAACUCAAACAGUUCUCCAUGGCCUUUCUGGAGGGUCUGAUCAACCCUCUGCAAGAACAGAUGGAGGAGUGGAAAAGAGGAGUCAGCUCUUUGGACAAGGACCAUGCUAAAGAGUAUAAAAGAGCCCGGCAGGAAAUAAAGAAGAAGUCCUCGGACACACUGAAACUUCAGAAGAAGGCAAAGAAAGCUGAUAAUCUAGGUCGUGGUGAUAUCCAACCCCAGCUGGACAGCGCUAUGCAGGAUGUCAGUGAUAAAUACAUUCUGCUGGAAGAGACAGAGAAACAGGCCCUGAGGAAGGCUCUUAUAGAGGACAGACAGAGAUUCUGCUGUUUCGUAGCCCUGCUGCGGCCUGUAGUGGAUGAGGAGAUUUCUAUGUUGGGAGAGGUCACCCAUCUCCAAGCUAUCUCUGAUGAUCUCAAAGCCCUGACCUCCGACCCUCACAAGCUUCCGCCUGCUAGUGAACAGGUGAUCUUGGACCUGAAGGGCUCAGACUACGGUUGGUCAUAUCAAACGCCUCCCUCAUCCCCGAGCACCACUAUGUCCAGGAAGUCUAGCAUGUGCAGUAGUCUGAACAGCGUUAACAGUAGUGACUCCAGGGGAUCCAGUGGCUCUCACUCUCAUUCUCCUUCCUCCUCUUCUUCCUCCUCUUCCUCACACCACCUCUUCCACCACCAUCACCCCUGCCAUCGGUACCGCAGCUCCACGCUACCCCAGCAGGCCCCAGCUCGGCUCUCUAGCAUCUCCUCCCACGACUCGGGCUUCAUUUCCUCAUCACACGACCAAUACACAUCGUCCAAAUCAUCCUCGCCUAUGCCAGCUGAAACAAAGCCUUGUCCCAGUUCCAGGUCCUCUGAGGUUUCAGAGACUGGGCAGCUUCACAGUGACUGCAGCACCCCCUCUUCUCUAGCUGCUGCUACUGCAACUCAGCACAUUACUGACAAGUUGUCGAAUGGCUUUGACCACUACAGUCCGGCCAAUUCCCCUGCCUACCUGCAUAGCAGCGGGGGGAGUUUGGGCUCAGGGUCCAGCACUGCCUUCCCCUUCUCCCUUCCUUCCUCCUCAUCCUCCACCUCCUCCUCCUGCCCCACUCGUUCAUGGUCACGUCCCGCCUCAGCCUUGGUGCCAGACUACCCUCAUUACUGCACGUUGGGUCCCAUGGUGCCUUCAUCACGAGUCCCCAGCUGGAAGGACUGGGCCAAACCAGGCCCUUAUGACCAGCCCAUGGUCAAUACACUGAGGAGGAAGAAAGAAAAGGCGACCCCAGCUGUAGUGGACAGUAAUGGCAGUGUGAGUAAUGAUAGCAGCCCGGCCUCGAUCUCAAACUCAGUGCCAGCUCCGGCUGUGCUACAACCGUCAGUGGAGGAGAAGAACAGGACUGUGACUGCACCACUCAAGGCUGGUGAUAUUGAGGCCCAUGAGGAACUGGCCCUGGCCUUAUCCCGAGGUCUGGAGCUGGACACCCAGAGGUCCAGUAGAGACUCCAUCCAGUGUUCCAGUGGCUACAGCACGCAGACCAACACACCCUGCUGCUCUGAAGAUACAAUACCUUCACAGGUAUCAGACUAUGACUAUUUCUCAAUGGCUGGAGAUCAGGAGCCUGAGCAGCAACAGUUGGACUUUGACAAGUCCUCCACCAUCCCCAGAAACAGUGACAUCAGUCAGUCCUACCGACUCAUGUUCCAGAGCAAACGGCCAGCCUCCACAGCCGGCCUGCCCAGCACACAGGCUCCUUACCCCGGACAGGGGGCCUACCCUGCAGGGCCCUAUCCCGCCACACCUAUCCACACUGGGGCUUACCCUCCUACCCCGACAGGCAUGUGUUCAAGUCAGGGAUUUUAUUCUGGAUCCAGCUCUCAUAAUGCCCCUGGCUCCUAUUCCUCAGGCCACGGUCCGGUUAUCGUCACCCCUGGGGUUGCCACAAUCCGCCGCACCCCCUCUUCAAAACCUUCCGCCCGACGUUCAGGCUCAGUCGUAGGCACAGGCCCCAUCCCUAUUCGUACACCUGUCAUCCCAGUAAAAAUCCCUACAGUGCCAGAUAUGUCAGGAGCAGUUAAUGGGAGCGGGGGAGGAGCAGGAGGAGGAGGAGGAGGAGGAGGAGGAGAAAGCCCAGAUUCUCCAACAUUUGCAGGAGUUGGGGAUGCUGGCACCCUGCCUGUGGUGUCCUGGAGUGGUCAGGCUACAACCAAUCCUCCCACUGUACCCCUGCCCAACCAGCAGCACCUUCAGAGUGAGCUAGAGCAGGAAGGGGGAGGGGAGGAGGCAGGAGAAGGGGAUGAAGGCAACAUGCUGGUGGCCAUCCGCAAGGGGGUCAGGCUCAAGAGAACCCUCACCAAUGACCGCUCUGCACCACGCAUCGCAUGAUGACACAAUGCCAGAAACAUGCGAGCUCAUGUCAUAGAAGAGAGGCUCUCCUUUCACUGUAAAUGAGUUCAAAGGCUAAAAGUAAAAACAAUGCUAGAUAGACAUGCAAUGUACAGAAUCAAAAGGCUUGAUAUGCUAAUAUGAGAAAUCAAUUACACCUGUUCUACAUGUAGCGUUUCUCAUUCUGUAAAUUUCCACUUGUGAGAAGCCAUCUGUAACGAUUCAGAGAAGAAAAUAUAUAGAUACAUUUAUUGUUCAGGUUCACAAUGUCUAAUUUGGCUUAUGAUGCCUCAGAAAUGAUAUUAUAAAGCCAGAUUAUUGGUUUAGACCUAAAGUAGAUCACAGGCCCACUUGAGGGAGACCUUUAUAAGUUCAGUAAUUGAACGAGGUGUGAUCUAACUCCUUAUGUAGGUUCUUCAAAUAAAGGUUUUUAGCCUAAGCGCUAAACAUGUAUUUGCAAAUCCGAGCCCACAUCCAAGCUGUGUAAUGAUAAAACAUGAGGUUGUUGUUUGACAAUAAAUAACGAGAAGAACGAAGAAGCAUCACACCACAGUGUGUUAAUUUCUGACAGGAAGGACGUAUUUUACACCCAUGAAUCUAGUAUUCUCUCUGGACAACGACAAUGAGAAUACUUCUUCUCAAAACAAACACUGUGAAUUAUAUGUAAACACUCAGUGUUUAGGGAGGGCAUUGUACCACCGUGGGACAAAUAAGCAUUCCAACUGCCAAGUGACUUGGCAGAAGGAGCGCAAUAACCAAUGCAAGUACAACACAGCAUCAAGAGAGCAAUUAUCAGGUGGGCUAGAAAGUAAUGGCUCCAGUGUUUGGCCUUCAUUGAACCACACGGCAUUUCUUGAGCUGCAUUGACUGCUUACUUGGCAGGGCGCCCUGACGGCUGUAGGUGCUGUGUUGUAAAAGCUGUCUUCCACACUUCACACUUCAGAUACUUAAAUACGUGAGACAUCCACAGAGCUAACGUGGGCAUGGGUAUGACCAAUAUGACAAGCUCCUCAAAAAGCAAAUGACCCGACUUUGUGUUAAAGUAGUAAAGUUGUGACUAAAGCGUUACGUGGUUGAUGUUGUGACAUUAAGAGACACUACGAGUGGCGGCCCUUAUAUGAUGUGUAAAUAAUUUUGCACAAGUCUAUUGCCAAGGAGUGUGUUGGGGCUUCUCACUCACUGUAUCUUUGCUGUAUGUCCUUCUGCUCCUCCACAGUGCCAUGCAAAUUAAGUUUAACAUCUUCAAACAGGAUGUUUAUUGAUUACAUAUAAUGAUCACCAUAGCCUAAUUCCUUUGGAUGUGAUUUGGUUUUAUGUUUCAUAUUUCUUUCCACUAUGAAUUUAAUCUGCAAUAUCUACACGCUGAGCUUUGUAGAACUCCUCAGUGGUUUGUGUUUAUAUAUUAGCCCUUAUAUAUUAACCCCUUCUUGUUUUAUAGCAUUUAUUAGCCAUCCUGCAACCUGCUGUGCAUUCAUUACUCAUAACAGUACUAAUAAUUGUGUGUUUAAGUACAGUGCUUAAUUGUGUAAGUACAGAUGUGCCAUGUCAAAAGUCAGCGUUAAUUCAAAUUUAUAUAUAUUAUCAAACAUUUUAUAGAUGAGGGAAAAUAUUUUUGAUGUUUUGAAAGCUGUUAUAAUGAACUUUUUGUUGUCUUAUUUGAAAUGCAUGUAGCGUGCAUUCUCACAUUCUUUUGAUUAAUUAGGUUUUUACAUCCGUCAUCUCCAAUUUUAGUUUUGAUUAUUUUUAAAUGCAUCAAAGUACGUACAGAUUUAGUUACCUUAUAAAUUAGGAAAUCACAUCAAAAUCCAUUGUUUAAUAAUUACAUCAGCACAGGUACAUUUUAAAGUAUUCUGUUUAUCUGGACAAUAAGAUGUUGUGGACGUGUGAGGCUUUUCCUCAAACUGCAGCGCUGUAAGACUAUAGGCUAAAAGAGUUGUUAAAGCACUGUAAGACCAUGGCUACUACAAGAUGUGUGAAACCGUAAAUGUUAGCUGUAAAAGUUAGUUCAGAAACACAUUUUUAAUUUAUUUUCUUCUUCUCUCUUUUUCUUUCUCUUAUUUUUGUAUACUUAAAGAAUGAUAGAGUUGUUUCCUCUAUCCAUGCAUGUAUUAUCUGAUGAUGUGUUGUUUCAUCAGUGAAAUGUUCAUGACCGUCCUGCUACAAUUCAUUAUGUCCCUUAUUUCUUACACACACACACAUAAGCUGCAUUUUAAUAAUUGCAACAAAAUGUGUUCCAAAUGUGUUUUCAAAAGUUUUAGUUUUAUAAAGGAAAGGCUUGCAUCAGUAUUAUGGGUUCAGAUUCGGGGACAAACGGUAUUUGCAUGAUGCAGACUUCCAAGUGUUUCUCGAGGGUGACUUGAAUUUAAACGUUUGUCCCCUAGUUAUUUAUGAUUGCAGGUAAAAUGCUUAUCUUAUCUUAUUAGAUUUGAACAAAUGGCACGCUGCCCACAAUGUCUGGCCUAAUCUGAGUUUCCCAACGACAUCUUAGCAUUAAAAUCCACUUUGUUUCUAUAUUUUAAACAGAUUUCUUGUGUAUUUAAUGUAAUAGGAAGUUUAGGAGGGAUGACAAAAACAAAUAUCAUCUCUGUGCCUGAAUUAAACCCAUAGUGGAAACUGGGAUGCACCACGAACCACUUGCAUACAAAAUACCCCUAUGCUGUUAAAUUUUAACAUAGCAAAGAUUCUGCUUACAUGUUUUGGGAAACCCGGCAUUGAGUUCUUGAUAUUGUUGAUGUUCAUAUUUCUGUUGUUGUUGUUUUGGCCGUCCACCUGUCUAAAACUUGUAUUAUAAUCCUGUAAUUUACAUAUUUAAAUUGCUAGCAUAUAUAUAUAUUAUAUCAGAGUUGCCAAAUGUCAGUGUAUCCAAUGAAUAAGAAGUUUAUAGUUUGUGAGGGUUUGAAAAGUACAGUUAAACCUGGUUUCUCAUUUAGUUUUUAGCUUGUUUUUCCCCCUGAGGAGAGUUGACCUCUCUGUCUGUCCCUGUACAGUUCAACAGGCUAUGAUGCAGUUUGUUUCAGGAAGUAAAAGAUUGUUAUUUUUUGUGUAAUGACAGCUUUAGCAAUAUAAUAAAAAAUAUAAAUUUUA